AGGAUGGAUGUGGUCGACAGCUUCCUCUUGAAUGGAAGCAACAUCACUCCCCCCUGCGAACUGGGGAUCGAAAAUGAGACUCUUUUCUGCUUGGAUCACCCCCGUCCUUCCAAAGAGUGGCGGCCAGCCGUGCAGAUUCUCUUGUACUCCUUGAUAUUCCUGCUCAGCGUAUUGGGAAACACGCUGGUCAUCACGGUGCUGAUUCGGAACAAGAGGAUGAGGACAGUCACAAACAUCUUCCUGCUCUCCCUGGCUGUCAGCGACCUCAUGCUGUGCCUCUUCUGCAUGCCAUUCAACCUCAUUCCCAACCUGCUCAAGGAUUUCAUCUUCGGGAGCGCUGUGUGCAAGACCACCACCUACUUCAUGGGUACCUCUGUGAGUGUCUCCACCUUUAAUCUGGUAGCCAUAUCGCUGGAGAGAUAUGGUGCAAUUUGCAAACCCUUACAGUCCCGAGUCUGGCAGACAAAAUCCCACGCUCUGAAGGUGAUUGCUGCUACUUGGUGCCUCUCCUUUACCAUCAUGACUCCGUACCCAAUUUACAGCAACUUGGUGCCUUUUACCAAAAAUAACAACCAGACCGCGAACAUGUGCCGCUUUCUACUGCCAAAUGAUGUCAUGCAGCAGUCCUGGCACACGUUCCUGCUACUCAUCCUCUUUCUUAUCCCUGGAAUUGUGAUGAUGGUGGCAUACGGAUUAAUCUCUCUGGAACUUUACCAAGGAAUAAAAUUUGAUGCGAGCCAGAAGAAGUCUGCUAGAGAAAGGAAACCGAGCACCGGCAGCAGCGGCAGAUACGAGGACAGUGAUGGGUGUUACCUGCAGAGGUCCAAGCACCCAAGGAAGCUGGAGCUGCAGCAGCUGUCCUCCAGCAGCAGCGGCAGGGUCCGCCGCGUCAGGAGCAGCAGCCCCGCGGCCAACCUGAUGGCCAAGAAGCGGGUGAUCCGCAUGCUCAUGGUCAUCGUGGUCCUCUUCUUCCUGUGCUGGAUGCCCAUCUUCAGCGCCAAUGCCUGGCGGGCCUUCGACACCGCCUCCGCCGAGCGCCGCCUAUCCGGGACCCCCAUCUCCUUCAUCCUCCUGCUCUCCUACACCUCCUCCUGCGUCAACCCCAUCAUCUACUGCUUCAUGAACAAGCGGUUUCGCCUCGGCUUCCUGGCCACGUUCCCCUGCUGCCCCAACCCUGGUCCCCCAGGAGCAAGAGGGGAGGUGGGGGGGGAGGAGGUGGAGAGCAGGACCACGCGGGCCUCUCUGUCCAGGUGCUCGUACAGCCACGCGAGCGCCUCUGCCCUGCCCCCGUGA